AUUUGCUCUCUGUCUCUCUCUCUCCUCCUCUCGUUCUCUCUCUCUCUCUCUACCCAAUUCAGUUAUAUAGUUAGGGUUAACAACCCAGAUGGAGCUACACCAGAAAUAUUGUCUCAGGCAGGCAGACUGUUUUUUUCCUUCCUUCCUUCCUUCCUUCCCACCUUCUUACUCUCUUCUCCUUCCAACUCUCUCUCUCUCUCUCACACACACACAACACUACUUAGCAUGUCUUGCUAGGACAUAGCUAACUUGGUGGUUUUUAGCAGGUACCUCUACACCCAACCCUCCCUCCAGAUGUCUGUGUUGUGCCUGCUCUCACUGUUUUGUCUUCAAUAAUAUUUCCAUCAAUUCAAACAAAUACCCACCCUACCUGCCUGUCCACCCGUCCAACCAAAACAAGUUCUUCUCUACAAAACCAAAACAAGUUCUCUCUCGGACUACAAGUCCCUCAGAUUUUAUAAGUAAUGCCUGGGGAACAGCCACUGUUCAGCUGUAGGGCCCAUGUUUUUCACAUGGGAGAUCAGGAGAGUAAAAAGCACUGGAUUCAAAUUAGUAAAACGGCUGCAGUAGUUCACUUUUAUUAUGACAAUGCUCGUGCCACGUACCGAAUUAUAAGUGUCGAAGACUCGAAAGCUGUUGUGAACAGCACAGUUACAGCAAGCAUGGUUUUUACAAAGACUUCUCAGAAAUUUGGCCAGUGGUCAGAUGUUAGUGCCAAUAUUGUGUAUGGACUUGGUUUCAGUGGAGAAAAAGAACUCAAUCAGUUCCAUGAUUAUUUUGAGGAGGUGAAAUUACUUACAAGAAAACAUUCAAAAUCUAAGCAAGAAAUAAAUGGUGCUAUGGACAAUGAUACUUUGAAAAAAACAGGUUCCUCACCAAUCAACCCACUAUGUCACACAAGGACAUCAAGUCUUUCCUCUUUACCAAUCAGUACAAGUAAUCUACAAGACCAGCGACGAGGAUCUCUCUCCAGUUCUGCUACAAGUCUUCCUGGAAAUGUCACCGAAGCCCAUUUGAAAUAUGAAAAUGAUAGGUUAAAGUUGGCAUUAGCCCAAAGUUCAACAAACACCAAAAAAUGGGAAAUUGAGCUGCAGACAUUGAAAGCCAACAACCAAAGAUUGACAACAGCCCUUCAAGAGAGCACAGCAAAUGUUGAAGAAUGGAAAAAACAACUAGCAGCUUACAAAGAGGAAAAUGCCCGACUCAAAAAACGGGUUCAAGAAUUAGAAUCUUUACCAAUGUCUUCAGAACAAAGUAAUAAUUUAGUAAAAGCAGAACUGUCACAAGUAACUUCUCGUUUAAACCAGGUGCAAUUAGAUUCCUCAAACAAGAUGCAGGAAAUUGAACUUCUUCAUCGACGUAUUAAGGAAUUAUCAAAUGCAGAAGCUGAAAAUGCUAUUCUCCAGGCUAAAAUACAGAAAAUAGAUGCUGAUAAAGAGAAAGCUACUGUGAAAGCCGAAAAUCUACAGCGAUUAUUGAACGAAGCGAAAUCCACUUAUGAACUCGAGAAUAACGAAGUACUUGAAUUACACAACCAGCUUAGCAAGCAGCUGAAAGAAUCAUUGGAACUGCAGGAACUUAUUGUUGCUACUGUGAAGAGAGAAUCUCAAAGUUAACAACAAACUAUCUCCGAAAGGAUUGUGGCCGAGAUUGUUUGUUUUGACACUGCUUUGAAUAUCUGUGCAAUAGCUGUGUGUUUUGUUGGCUGUGAAUGACACAUUGAUAUCAGCUAUCAAUAACCGCUAUGUUCACAGGAUAAGUGUUGACUAAACUAUAGUGAACAAUAUAAAGCAGGUGUUUACCUGAUGGUGUAAUUAAAGGUGUUGAUCUGAGUCAAAGUUGACUCAGACAACAAUAACAGCAACAACAACAACAAAAUUAUUUUUUAAUAUGAGUAUAGCAUAAAUUGUAAAAAAAAAUAAUCAAAAAAUAACAUUGCUUUAAAAGAAAAGGAAUUUUCGACAAUUAGAAGAAUGUAUGAUUUUUGAAGAGAGAUAAAACAUUUCUACAUUUUUUAUACUUAACUGUGGGUCAAAAGAGUGCUCAAAAUUAAUUUUUCUUUUUUAAAUAUGUGUGUGAAUGUGUAUGACUGGUUGUGUGUUUAAUGCUACACAGGAAAAACUAACAAAAACAUGGCAAUAGAAAAGUGAUUGAUUGUGUGUGUGUGUGUGUGUGUGUGUGUGUGCUGUGAAUAUGUUGCAUGUAAUCAUAUGAAGAACAUGUGUUACUAGAGACAGGAGGGUGUGUGCACUCAAAGAAUGGACAGCGGUACUGUCCAUGUGUGUGUGUUUGUGUAAGAGAAAGGGAAAGAAAAAAGUGAAUUUACAUGUUGCGUAUGUUGUAACUAAGAACUAGAACAACUGAAGAAGAAGAAGAAGAAAAAAAACUGUUUGAUCUGCCUUCUCUCCUUUUUUCACGUUUUGGUUUUAUUUUUGCUUUCCUUUGUACCAAAACAAAUUCUUCUUUCAGAGAAAGAAGAAAUGAAUAUAGAAGUGUGUGUGUGUGUGUAGCUUGAUGAAUGCUUGUAUUUACCAGCAAAUGUAAAAGUACUCAAUACAUAUAAAAUAGACUGUAUAUUUUA